AUGGAGCAUGCGCUUCAGUGUAUAAUGGCAUUGUUUACAGAUAUGGGCUGUUGUCUUUUUUAUGAAAUCUAUGGCAGCGUUAAGGCACAGAUUAACAACAAGUGGAUUAAUAAUGAUGGCAAAUACGUUGAACAAGAUAUGAUGGUCUCGUGUAAUGCUAUACUAAAUGGCCAGCAAUUGGAUGAAAAGUAUUGCAAAGGUUUGAAAGGCACGAGUGAUAUGAGCCCCGACUGUCAGAAACGUGUGGAGGUGUUGGCCUCCGGUGCCGACUUUCACCGGCUGUUCAAUCCUGUGCCUGUAUUAUUGGCGGCGAUUGUAGUGUGGAUAUAUCCACUAUUUGUGAAGGGUAUGCGAAAGGAUUGUUUGGAUUUUGAAGACAUGUCCCGGUGUUCACAAUACGACGCCUCCAAAUUAAUGAUUGCUAAGCUCACUGACAAUCGACUCCGGCAUAUGGUUGAGAUCAUAUCCGGUAUGCGAGUCAUUAAAAUGUAUUCCUGGGAACAGCCCUUCGCAGACCUCGUGGCUGAGGCACGAAAGUAAAUGACCUUAAUUUAUAUAAUUUGUUAAUUAAUAUUAUACUACAAUAUUAU